AUGGCUACAGCAGCCUAUCGAAGACCUAUCGAUAGAGACUCCAUGUCAUCUCAACAGAUGCCUCCCAACGAAGCUCGGCAUCAAGAUGAUAAUAUCAGAACUGCCCAUAUGGACUAUUUGCACAAUGACAAGCACAUGCUAAGAAAUCCAGAGGGGGCCCAUGGCCAGUCGCAUCCUUACCGUAGCAAUUCUGCUGCAACUCGGAGAAGACAGGUUUCCAGUUCAUUCUCUGCAAGAGCUCAUAACCUCCCAGAGGGUAACAUAAUCCCACCGGAAGAUUAUCUUACAUCCACCUCUCCUUCCAUCAAAGGAAAUGGAGCGUCUACGAGACGUCCAACCGACCCAGAAGAUGCUGCCUCGGGACCAGCGAGGCAAAUGGAGGACGUCGAAGCGACAUCGCCGGUAGACUCUGUCAACCAAAUGUCGCCGCUGAGCCGAUCUAGCACGUUACGGUCUUCAACAAGUAAGCAGCAUGACUGGGCCCCAGAUAGAUCCCCUCUUCAGAAGCUCGAAGUCACAUUGAAUGGGAUUAGCAAAGAGGAAAAAAGGGCGCGCGUCUUGGAGGCCGAGAUGAAGCUCAAGGAACGAUUGGCACGUCAACAGAUGGAGGCAGAAAAUCGAAAUGCUUCUCUCGCACAACCUACAGAUAGCAACUCAGCCGCAGGCCCAAUUGGAAGUAGGAUGCCUCAGCAAUCAGUCUCACAGCGGGAUGUCAGCCAAGGAGAGCAGGAGAAUCGGGCCCGAAACACCAAACCAAGCAUUGGGCAGAACGCUGUUCACCAGGGGUAUGAAGCGACGAUUGCCCGUGACCAGGGAGCUCCAAGACAGGCAAAGUCUAGCGCCCAAAAGCCAGGACCACCCGCCCUAUUGGUCGCUCCUGAGAUGCAAACCUCGAAGAUUAGCAAUUCAAAGCCCUUGGCAGGGCCAAUUUUGAAUCACGGUAGCGUUCCCAGGCGAUCUGUGUCGGUGACAAACAGACCCGGAGGUCAUACCAUGAACACUACGAAAGAUCCUAACACGUCUCGAGAUGGGAGAGACGUUCCUGCGGUACUUGGGCCAUCACAGAAACACCAUGCCAUGCCAAGUGUGGCACAGAUGCAGCACUCACAACAAUACGCUGAUGCUCGGGUCCAACAGAGUCGAGCACCCCAGAGGGGCUCUGGGGGAAAUGACCCUUAUGCACAAGGCAUAGCUUCUCAGCAACCAGAACACCUAAUCACAAAUAUUCACAAUGCUGUACUGAACGAUCUUUCCCAAGACGAAUUAGGUUCUCACACAAAGCCCAAGAGAAACACUGUUUCGUUCAAUGUGCCUCCGCCAACGCCUCCUCCACUUUCAGAGUGGAAGAACGCACCGGUUGCUCGACUCGGUGCUUCUGACUUCGACUUUCAACAUCUCGACGUUGACCGAAGCAAAGCCUGGUGGGAAGGUGGUGGCAAUAAUCGCAGGAAGAGCAGAGCUCUCCCCAGCGCUUAUCAGAAGCCUGUUCAAAAGUUGACGGGUAAGUGGUUUUACCCAACACUGGGGGACUCUUUCAUUUGUCCGGCCCCAUAUUCUCCUUUUUUCCCAUCCACUAACCACGGAAUCCACGCAGAGAAUAAGAGCUUCCAGCCACCGAUCUUCCUGAAAUGUGGCCCUCUGCUCCGCUACACAGGACUGAAACGAGUCAGUAUUGACGGACCAAACGGCUCUUUCGACAAGGAGACUUGGAGAGGUAGUAUUAUGAUUGUUACCAAAGAUUCACGAUCUUCCUAUGAGUCACCGCCCACCCUGAGGUUAUUUUCGCAGCCGAUGGAUCUCCUGCCGCCCCCGCCUGUCGAAGUCAGUGGCGCUCAGCUUGCACCAGAGUACGUCGAUCCCACAGCAGGUCUCAUGAAGCUGGGUAGGGACGGCAGGCCGCUUUAUGUCAAGCCAAUUGACCAUACCGAGGAAGGAUUGGACUUGUCAUUCGUGGAGAAUGACGAUGGAGUCUACGAGAUGUCCCCUAGUAACCUGGACUAUAGUAGUGACGGCGUCAAACAAUCGAUCCCCGCCGACAGGCUUCACUCAGUGGACGGAGAAACAGUGGGAGCGUACAAAGAAGUUCCCGGAGCGCGCUUGUAUGCCGACACAGCUCGAGAUGUCACAUUCUGGAGGUUCAACAUCGAAAUCGAACUAGGCGAGACGCAACAACGAAUCGCAUACCGCUUGAACCGCGGACCGGCCCUGGGAUUCUGGGUACCGGCCAGAGGGCAGUCUAUGAACAUUAUGUUCCAUAGCUGCAAUGGCUUCAGCCUAGGAGUCGAUUCCAACAAAUUCUGCGGUCCUGACCCUCUGUGGCGCGACGUAUUGAAUGAGCAUCAGACUCGCCCUUUCCACGUCAUGGUUGGGGGCGGUGACCAGAUCUUUAAUGACAAAGUUAUGGUGGAAUCGCCCCGAUUCCACGAAUGGGUCAAGAUAAAGAACCUGACUGACAAGUACGACACACCAUUUGACCCAGAAUUUCGAGCGGAGAUAGAGAGCUUCUACCUCGAGAACUAUUCGGCUUGGUUCUCACAGGGCCUUUUCUCUCUGGCCAAUUCCCAAAUCCCAAUGGUUAACAUCUGGAACGAUCACGACAUCAUUGAAGGUUUCGGGUCUUAUCCGGACGAGUUCAUGGCUACACCGGUGAUUUCAGGACUGGGUAGAAUAGCGUUCAAGUAUUAUCUGCUGUUCCAGCAUCACAGUGUCACUGAAGAGACAGAGGCAGAUGAGCCUAGCUGGCUGCUUGGCGCGCAGCUCGGGCCCUACAUCAACCAGAGAAGUCGAAACGUGUUCAUGUCAAUGGGCAAGGAAAUAGCAUUUCUGGGGUUGGAUUGCAGGACAGAGCGACUGGCAAUGCUCAAAAACAUUCUGAAUAGUCGCAAGUCGCUGGGGAAGGCCGGAUUUUUUGGAGGAUUCGUGAACAAGAAUGGCAGCAAGGUAGAGAUAUUCGACGAUCACUGGACGGCUAAACACCACAAAGCCGAACGCACUUAUCUGCUCGAGGAUCUUCAAGACCUUGCAGCAGAAAAGUCCGUUCGGGUGACCAUCUUGAGCGGUGAUGUCCAUCUGGCAGCCAUCGGACAAUUCUACUCCAAUCCCAAACUAAACCUGCCCAAAGACAAGGAUUACCGAUACAUGCCGAAUGUCAUAUCUUCUGCGAUUGCAGACAUGCCAGAAACCGAAAUGGUUUCGGACGUGCUGAACAAGCGCAACCACAUUCACCACUUGGACACGAACACAGAUGAAGACAUGAUUCCCAUCUUCACGCACGACGUCAACAGCAAGCCGCGUAACAACAAGCGCUUACUUCCACGCCGAAAUUGGUGCGCAAUUCGAGAGUAUCAACCAGGUUCCACACCUCCAGGUUCGCCCGAAUCCGAAGAGGCCCCUCCACCGGCUGAGGAGCCGCGUCCGGGUAAACUGCAAAGGACUCUGUCCUUAGGGCGAGGUGACAGACCUCAGGGUGGUUUGCUGCGACGGCUCUCGCUGCGUGGACCUCCACCGACAAAAGAAUUUAAUCUUGGAAAUACACCUGGUCGCCGAAUGAGUAUGGACGGACCAUUUCCUCCCGCAGAGGCCGAAGGCAGCUACUUCCCUGCUCCCGAACCAGAAAUUCGCCCGGGCCCCUUCCACCGUCGCCCUACGACGUUGAGCCAAAAGGCAGCCAAGAAAGCUACAAAAAGGGGCGAUGACGGGGUAGGCGCAUAUGUGAACCUGGAAAAGGGCCUAGCUAUCACGCUCAACCUGGAGCUCAACCCACAAGAUCCAUCAGGUAUCACGACGCCGUACAAGCUUCUUGUGCCCAUGCUGCGUUAUGAAGGCACUGAAUACGACCCCCCGGCCAACCCAGUUGCCAAAGGUUGGAAGAAAUGGCUGGCAGUAGGGCGUAAGAAGGAGCGUGGCUUCGCCAAAAUUGUCCCUGGCGAUGUGGAGGAUACUGAUUACGAUGAUGACCCUGACUAUGAAGAAGGCUAUGCAGGAAGUGAUCUCGAUGAGCCUGAUGAGAGGCUGCCGGAGCAAAUGGUACGCAUGGGUCAUGCACCAGGGCCGGGGCCCGUCAAUGAUGGGCCGGAGGAGACUAUCAAGCGGAAGAAGAAGUGGUUUGGACGAUUGGUAUGA